UGUAUGCCUAUUCAACGCUAAUAUAUUUAACUCCCCGUCGCUGUAUACAAAGCAUUCGGUUAGCUUUGAUACAGGGGAAAAGAUGUAUUUGGAUUUUUUUCUCAUUAUAUGAUACGGGGCUAUAUUACUGCAAUUCCCAACAUUGUGUGACGGAACUACCAUUGAUAUGUUUAUAAUAAUUUAAAGUGGAAAAAGAAUACCUAACUGAUUUAUUUUGAAUUAACGGCUACAAUAGCUUGAAUACAAAUUAACCGCAAAUAGCUCUGGAUUAAAACGAAUUAAAGUCGGUAAAAAAUUAAGAUUGUGUUAAAGGCUGAAUUUCUCCGGGGCGACGCUGAAUUACUUAAAAUUUCGUGACAUGUGCAAAAGGGAUAUCUUAUUAAUUCAAACGAAGAGCUAAUUUAUUGUGAAUUCCAUGCGGCGUUUGAAGUGAUUUUGGAUUAACUUUUAAAAGCAUACGGAAUUCCUGGCGGGUAGAUAAACAAUACGUACGACGAAAAACUUCACUUCAAAGGAAAGAAGACCAGAUGAUAUGAAAUGAAGGAGUGAACACGAUAUUUCUUUUAUCUUUCGUAAAACAAGAAAUAAUAAAAUAUUCAUCUAAAACCCAUAAAUCAUAGCACUAAAUGGGAAAUAGAUUAUUCGGUUCUAUGAAGUGUACCAAAACAAAGUAAUUAAUCUGUGAGUAGCUUUAGUUACGAAUUAAUGGUAUAAAGUCAUAGUGGAUAUAAGAUGGAAUAGAAAAUGUGCUGGAGGAAUAGUAAAAGAAAAAGAGCACGUGGAUAAAUGGAACAAUAACAAAGUCAUGUGACAACAAUGCUGACACGGACAUUCGGAUACUUGGUCACGUGGUAUAACUUGUUGCCGCCCUUUGCGACCAUAUAUUACAUCUUAUACAUCAUGCUUGGAGUGAUACACGGAACCAUUACAUACCGACUACCUGAAUAUUGUGACACACCCUCGAAUGUGACUUGCUACAAGGGUGAUAGGGCGAUCCUUCAGUGUUGCGUAAAAUAUCUUGGGACAAAACAGGUAGUAAUCUGGAAGAAGGUUAACGAGAACUUUGCACUGACGUAUGGAGAGAUGGUGUUCGUAAGUGACCCAGAUAUCAGUAUAGAUCAUCUACCUCAUCGGGAAGAAUGGAAUCUCAUUAUAAGCAAUGUACAAACCAGGCACGCCGGCCUUUACGAGUGUCAGAUUAGUACAAAAGAAGAUUUAAGAAAAUAUGUGCAGCUCAAUGUUUUAGAUGAACCUGCUCCAAGAAGAGAUGCAAUUUCAAUCGAUGGUCCGCAGUUUGUUGAUAAGGGUAAAAAGCUAGUGCUGACUUGUAACGCUACCGGACAAAUGUUUCCGCCCGAAGAUAUAGACUGGUUUAAAGAUGGACAAAAAAUUAAACAGAACCAAAAUAGAGGAAUAAGUAUCGCAAAGUUUAGAAUUGCAAAGACAAAAAUGUUACACAGUCAGAUGGAAAUUGAUAAAGCCGAUAUGGAUGAUAAAGGUGUAUACAUCUGUAGAAGCUCAGAUUUAGCCAUCACAAGCACAAAUGUUAUAGUUUUAAAUGGGUCUGCAAAGAGAUCAAGGAAAAAGAUUCCUCCAAAAUUAGACGAAAAUAAACAUAAUGUAAUGAAAUCUGCAGAAACAAAUCAUAUGAAGCGAGGUGGUGGAAAUUUAAAUGCAAAUCCAAACCACAGUGAUACAUCUGCGUCUACAAGCGCUGCUUGCAACCUUGCAUUUCUUCUUCAAAAUGGCAACACGUGUACAAACCUAUUGACUAUGUUGUGUUGUAUGUUUGUGGCUCUACACAUAUGUAACAGAACUUAAAUAAAUAUGCCUUUUGUGACAAUGUUACUGUCACAGAGCUGAGAAACAGGUUUGACUGUAUGAUGCAAUAACAAGUUACUAUUAUAUAGUUACAAAUUACUGAAACCGUCAUACAGUUAAGUUUGUAUGAGAAUGUGUGACACCACAGACUAACCUCAUAAGCUGAAACUGUGUAUGAAGCAAUUCAGUUCUGUGAUGAAUUAAUAGAUGGAAAGGGGUAUACAUGGUGUGAAGUUAUAGAACAGUAUCAUUGAUUAACUUACACUGCAAUAAUAAGUAUACACAUGUCUGAAGCUGCAUGCUUAGUGCGUGUGAAACAGAAAACGGGUAUGACGCUCCGCUUGCAGAUUGGAGGGAUCAAUAUUCUAUGGAUCCUAACGUUUAUCAUGUGUGCAUUUCACACUUACAUUAAAUAGUCUUAUGGAGAUGACAAUGAUAUUACGACUAUUUGGAUAGUUAUUAAUUUGACAUGUUUUGAAAAAUGUUUAAUUUAGACAUUCAUGUGAUUAUGACCUACAUUAGUGUACAACUAUACCAUUGACCGACGCAUUCAAAAUUAAAGCAGGUCGUGGAAUGUGAAUUCAAUUAGUGUAAAAUAGUCUGUGUUUGUAAUUCGAUAAAGUGUUGGCAGAAGCUUCUGCCUAGCCAAUGGUAAUCUGUCACUACUCUAAGGUUUGUUAUAGGACAAUAACCUCUCCGGUCUGUAAGAUUUUAGUAAUAUUUCACACAUCGUUAACCAUUAGUCAUAAUGAUUCUGUGAAUUGUAAGGACUAUUGACAGUUGGUUUACAAGUUGAUUCAUUUUUCUCCGUAUAUUUCACGAAGUAUGAUGAUCAUAUUAUGAAAUUUAUGAAUUAUUUGUUAGGACAAACCAAUAAUACAGAUAUUUGUUUCUGUUUAACUCAGUAAGAAAAGUUUAUAGGGACAUACGAUUUGUCAGACUGGAAACUAUUAUUUGUUAAAAGUAUUUGCUGAUCAGGCUUCCAUCAUUUUAUCAUAGAAAAUAAUAUUUCAGUAAGAAAUAACGUGCACUUGUAAUAUCCCUAAAGGUAUAUCCUUACCACUUUGUAAAUGAUAAGUUGCAUAGAUGUAUUGAAACUUUCAAGGGAUACAGUUGGACAUUGUAGCUAUUUUAGGAUUUUUUUUUAUACUUUUAAUUAAGCCCGCCCGCUUAGCUGUAGUGAGAGCGUUGGUCUACGGAUCACGGGGUUGCAAGUUCGAUCCUCGGACUGGGCGUAUGUUCUCCGUGACGAUUUGAUUAAAGACAUUGUGUCUGAAAUAAUUCGUCCUCCACCUCUGAUAAUUCGUGUGGGGAAGUUGGUAUUACUUGCGGAGAACAGGUUUGUACUGGUACAGAAUCCAGGAACACUGGUUAGGUAAACUGCCCGCCGUUACAUGACUGAAAUGCUGUUGAAAAACGGUGUGAAACCCAAAACAAACAAACAAAACAUUAAGCCUUAUUUACAAUGUUAAUCCGAUGGCAGAUGUGAUACUUCGAAACAAGCGAUAUAUUCUUAUUUUAAAACGCAUUGAUUCUAUAAUUCAUCGGUCCUAAUCAAAAUGGGUAUGCCAGUCAGUUACCCGUACAUUACCUUGUGAUUCAGUUAGGUUCAUAUGGGUCAUUUAUAAGACAGCAUAUAACAUUAUUAUACUAUUUUACACCAUGAUUGAAAUACUUCCUGAGUGUAUUCUUAUGGCAGUAGUUAAAACUAUAACCGCUUCGUCAGAACAAUAUUUAUUGAGCUCUCGUCAUAAGGUCACUAAUAUAUUCCGCUGGCUGGUUUUGGCAUUCCAUGAGUGUCUAUUUUGAUAAAAACAUUGACUCAAAUUACGAAGCUAGUGUGUCCUACAAUAUAAUAUUGUGUAUAUUUUAUAAAACUUUCAAGAUGAAAACCCAUCCCUUAUAGCAUUCCAAAUUUUGUAUCAUAGAACACGUUUAUGUCUAACAUUUGUUAAAAUAGUUUUGUUAAAUAAUUAUAGUCAAAGUACUUAUUUUCCUUUUACUAAUUCUCCACAAAAUAAUGUUUGUAUAUGUUUGGAUUAUUUUUUAUAGUUGAGACAGGCGUAUAAAAAAAAGAAAUUUGUUUUACGAAGUGAUAAUUGAACGAAGGUUGUUAUAAACUGAUUUCAAAGUAGAAGUUCUUAAUGUAAUGUCGAUGCUAGCGCACGCGUUUGCUGUUCGGACUUUUUUUCACUGAAAGACUCAGUAUACACCUUAUUGGGUCAAAUGUGCAAAUAAUUUAAGAUUGAUAGAUAUCAGAGUCGGAAAUGUACAGUUUGUCCACAAAAAGCAAAAUAUUUAGCCCUACUAGAAAGAUUUUAAGCCCUUGUACAUUUCAUAUAAUUGAAACCCGUAUUACUGGACAUUCGUAGAAUGAAGACGCAUAAAGGUAGUUCUGCACGUCUGGAUAAAAAAAAUUCUGCAAUAUCCUUUCCGCAGCCUUAACGUACUAAAACGUAUUCGCGUCUGAUGGCCCUUUCACGCUUCCGUAGAAACAACAUUUAUUACACGAAACUUAUUUUGAAAAUAUUUCUGAAAUGUCUAGGUCUGCAACUCUCAAAUACAGUUAUAUCUUACAUCUGAGGCAUAUACUGACACUCUCAGACAACAUCAAAAAUGACAUUUUGAGCGAUUUGAUGAAGUUCCAAAAUUAUCGAUGUACCCUUGGUCCGUUACGGACCCCUGUGGGAUUUCUGUUUAUCCAGAGCUCAAAUAUUUUUUUAUAGAUUAAAAGCUGACAUGCUGUACUAAAGCCCAGGUAAUUUCAAUUCGUAAUAAAGUGCUGAAAAUUGGCUCCCCAAUAGCAAAAAAUAAAAAAACAGAAGUCCACGCGCAUACAUUUAGACGGGGUGACGCCUGCGCGUGACCCCUGACUAUCUACGAAUCAAAAUGCGGCUUUCGUUUUCAAGUUUAGCAUUUCUACUUUCAUUUUAUUUACUUCCGGAAAUAGCUGAAGGUCGAGUGACGUCAUUUUCUGUGUUUUCAAAAACAUACAUGUGCCUGGCGAGAUUGCAUAAAUAUGUGCUGGCCGUCCUAAUGAUAUAGAAUUAAUUUGAUAAACUCUGAUUUUUCAGAAUAUACUAAGAAAGUUCUGAAAAUAAAACAAUAAGGUCAAGUACUUAACUUUUUGCUAGACUUAUUUAUAAAAUUUGGACCUCGGGAACGUUUUCAUAAUGGUAGUCUUCGGGAAAAUCACAAUGUUGAUAUCAUUUUCGCGAAUAUAAUUGUUUCUACAAUGUAGAUUUUAAUGAAAAUUGUCACAGUCAUAAAUAAACAUAUUAAGUACAAUAUGGUGAAGUAAAAUGUAUAGGGCCAUGUGCUUGUUUUUGAGAAUUUGCCCAUGAGAGAGAGACCCGCACAUUUCAAACUAAUUUUAAGACUUUAUUUUGGAAUUCCUUAAAAUGUCAGAAGUUCAUAUAUCAUAUUUUAUCUUAAGAAGGACAGUAACAUUGUAUUUUUAAAACAUUUACUCACGAGUUGCCAUUAGUUAAUAAAAUAUAAUUCAUUUCCGUAUGCCGAGUCCAGACUUUAUACCAUGUUAUCCGGAUAAAUGACGUCACGCCAUUACUUCCGGGUUAUCAAACGUGCAGGACUGCCUUAAUUUAUAAUUGUGAACUUCUGUUUAAUCAAUACAAUUCA